AUGUCACGCCAAAUCCAACGAGUAGCUCGCUGUCGAAACUGUCAGCAGGUCUGUCCACAAGGAUAUGGUGACAGAGAAAAUGUGCUGGUCUGCGGUCACUGUCGCAACAUCAAUAAAUCGGAGAUUACCCUCAGACGUCAGACCCAAGACGCUCUGCUGGCACGUUCGUGUGCGGCAUACAAAUCUCCAGUGGGAUUCCACCAUAUGACAGAAGGAGGAGAUCACGUACACUCUUACUUCGAAUGGGUGGCGAGUCAGGGUGAACCAAUCUUACCUCACCUUGAUCCUGACCAUCAAGACCCAGAUUAUGAAGCUGCCACUGAGCGCAACAUCCAAGGUUAUGUCAGCUAUCUCAAUGGCUACGAAAACAACACCAAAAACAUUGUGGCCUUUAUGAAUCUUGUACGCAGGAUCACGGAUUCCGAUAUGGCCAACUUCGAUUUCAGACUGGUGACACCAUCAUUCAGAUCAAGCUUCAUCAUGUAUGCCUCGCAAAGUCAGAUCGUAUCAAAUCCAAAUAUCUUCUACCGUCGCGCGGGCUAUCUUCGAUUUGUGAACCGAUGGAUGGAAUCUCUUCCAGACGCCGACACGCGGUUGACGUUUUGGAAUGCUCGGCUUGAUCUUGCGAUCAACAAUCAAGCAGAAUUGGUCAACAGAUCUUCUUAUGGGGUACCGCGCAAAGAUCAUGCCGUCAAUGAUCUAGGACAGUGGGUUCCUGUUCCAAUUAAUUUAUGGAGAAGAACACUCAAACUUGUGCGUCAAGACCAACAGGAAGAGGCACAUUUUGUGCAGUGCUUAGCAAACGAAGGAAACGAGGGGAAUGAGGAAGCUCCGCCCCCAUACGAAAAUUAG